AGAAAAUGGAGUGUGUGACUCUGUCAUGCUGUCGCAGCUGGAGCUACAUGCAUCUAUCCUGUGUUCAGAAAAAACACACAUGAGGUUUUGCAGUCAGCCUGCAGACAGAUGUGGAAGCUGCUGCCGCUCUCAGCGCACGAGGAGUCCGGAUAGAUGAGCCUGGAGCCGCAUGCCAGCAGUAUGCCACCUUAACCAGCACAAAGCUGUCCACCUCCGUCCGUCUCUCUACAACCCUGUCUCUCCACUUGGUGAAGAUGUAGUCUGUUUGAUCUCCAUGGAGAUGUCUCCAAACACCGUCUCGUCUGUCCUGUUGCCAUGGUCACUGUGGUUACUGUUCUUCCUGACCCCUGUCACCCAGACAACUAGCUCCACCCCUCCGUCUGAACCAUCUCUGCUGGUCAACACCACGCUGUUGUUUGACAGUGGUGCCCUGGGCUACAACCUGCGAAACUGCAGCUGCUCGACGCCUGUGCGGGACUGCGACGAGGCUCUGGCCAAUGCGCUGUGCAGAUGCCACAGCGUUUUGCGCUCGGCUCUGCCCCCUGCUGGGCUCAGAGAGCUGGGGCAGCUCACCGUCUGGGUGAAGGAGCUGUGGGUCCUGGAGGAGCUGCUGAACAGGAGCAUGGUUAGCCAUUUGCGCUUGUCUUUUUGUGGAAUAAAACCAAUAAACAGUCAGCACCUGGCUCUGCUAGGUCUACAGACCCUCAGCAUUCACAGUGCAGCACCAGAAGCCCCCUACCCCAACCAGGAAAUUACAGUCUCCCCAGCAGCAGGGGUUGUAGCUGAGCUAGAGGCCCUCUCCUUUGACUUCUCCUCUUCCUUCCACGUGACAUUGCUGGAUGUAGCUGUUCUCAAUGGACUCUCUGCCCUGAAGGCAUACAGUGUGGUGGGACCACCUGCUCACACCCUCUCCCAGCAGUUUCCCCAGCUGCCCUUGCACUUUGCUCUGCCCUCUUCUGUUGUUCCUGAUGACCCUAUAGACCCCAGCAAGAAGGCUGCAGAGCCUCCACACAACCUGCUCAUGACGUUUGUCUAUUAACCACGACUGCAUGGUCCAGUUUGCAGUACAACUGAUCAAUGGAAUAAUAUGCGACAGAGCUGGAGGUUUUUUUAGUCUCCCUUUGUACAGGAAAAGUUGUGGAAUAUAAUAACUCUUGUAUGACUGGCUGCUAGACUGUCAGUCUGGCACAAUGGUGGCUUUGCACAGUGUCUCAGGGGAGGCUAACAUCUUUCUCACUUGAUGCACCUUCUUAAAGGAGACUAUUGAUUUCAGAACAUGUAUAUGUGUGCUACACCUCGCUGCUAUUUUUCCACCCCUGAAAGGAACUGUAUAAUUUCUAAACUUGUAACAUAGGCAGACACAAGGUUUGGCAAUAUUUACACCUGCUACAAUUUCAAAUCUAACAGCAUAUUUUGAGUAUAAUUCUGUGACAUAAGUGGUUGUUAAUGGUUAGUGGUUGUUAAUUUUCUAACCAGGAAGCUGUACCAACUCUGAUCCUUCCAUCACAACUCAUCUGUUCCAGUUAGAGGCAAUGCUUUGCCUGUUCUAAUUUUAUUGGUGCACAUUUAUAGACAAACAUUUUAUGUAAUAACAUUGUAAUGGCCAUAUGAGUCCUAAAACCUGGAAAUGACUGGGCAUUUCAGCCCCUCUGGUUCCUUCGUCCUGAAGUCAAUGGGUUUUCUGUUAGAUGCCUUAAAUAACAGACUUGUGAUGAUGACAGCAAGUCAAAUAUCUUUGUAGGGAUGAAUGACUCCAUAGAGAGGGAGUACAUACAGAAACAGUGAAGGCAAGUUUUUCACUUGGCUCAGGAUUCAAGCUGUUGCCAUAUUUUAUCAUAUGAAGCUUUCUAAUGUCUCAAACACAGCUAAUACUUUUAACACAAAUCCUAUAUAGAGUACUUAGCAACUCCCAGAAUCUCUAGACUGUGCUCAUAAACACUACCUGCUGUGUACACUUAGAACACCAGGUAGCUGGAGGCCACAAGUGCUAUGGUUACACUUGACAUUGAGUUUAUGGAGACCACAUUAGUGUGUGUCCACAUCUGGCCCUGAAAUCAAUGUUUCUGCAUAACAUCUUUCCAUCUGCCACCUGUCACAUUUGAUCUAGAAAAUGUGACAGCAAGUGAUAUACAGUAUACACAGGCUGGCUUUUGCAUACCCAGACCAGUCCCCCCAAACCUGUGAUGGGGUGACUAGUCUGGGUUUGCAUGAUGAAGGAGUGUAACCUUAACCACAACUGUCCAGACAGAUGGUGGGCUGAUCCGCCGUCUGCCAGAACAAUAUUGAGGAAACCACACACCUGCUCACACAGAGGGAUGAGAUGUUCCAGAUCCCACUCCCAGCUGCAAAGUGGGUGUCAGCACUUAAUCAUCUGCUCCCAUCCAGGUGUUGUCAGAUCUAUCAGGAUAGCAUGGACAGAAGGAAGGAGGCCUUUGACCAAACUUUGGCCACUCAGAUGAAGUUGUUUCUUGAGUUACACAUGUAGACGGGUGACAAAAAAAAAGAAAAGAAAAGAAAAGGAAAUACUGCAAUAAAAAUGUAGGAACAGUUUGUAAUGCACAGCUGAAACGUAUUGUAAGACAGGGUUAGUUAAUGUUGUGAAAUGGUCGCAGUAAGGUUUAGGCAACAAAACUACUUAGUUAGGUCCAGAAAAAGAUCUUGUUUU